AUUGGGAAACAUUCUACGGAUCUUUUCUGCUUACCUGUGAAGAAAACAGAAAUCGCCAGCCACCUACCUGCUUACCUGUGACCAGAUGGCGCUCUGCCCACCCACCUCAACCUAAGUGGGAUGUGAAAAAAGGCCUUGGGCUCGGCCAACUAGUUUCAAAGUUCCAUGCAAAGCGAGAUACGCUUCAACGAUCAUCCCACAUUCGUCAGAGAGGCUGUCGGCCAUAAUGGAUGCUUUUUUCUUCCGUUCUACCUGCACAUUUAAGUAAACUUGCGGUGUUUCCACCAGCACUAGUUUUUGAUAAAAUGAUUAUUUAUUCGUGAAAAAAAAUUGCGAAAUCAUUCGAUGAGAGAUGCUGUUAUAAAGUCUGAAGAUUUAGUAUAUUCUGAAGUGAGAAAAUCAUUUGCGUGACUGAAAAUAAUUCCAAAAAUAUCGUCUGCGUGAUAGAGAUUAAUUAAAGGAUAAUAAUCGUUUGCAGAAUUUAAAGUAUUUUUGAUCGGAAUCGAAUAAGUGUUGCCAUUCCACACAAAGCAACAGGUAUCUAUAAGAAAUUCAAUUGGUUUUUUAAAAGUAUGAAUGGUGGUUUUAAGUGAAGUUUCCUUCUCUAACUCUAGCAGCAUGAAUAGAUACGAAAACAGCUGCCUACGCUGUGGACAAACCGUGUACCAAGUGGACAAAGUUGGUCCGCUGAAGGACUUCACCUUCUUCCAUCAAGGAUGCUUCAAAUGCCUCGUCUGUGGCACUAAACUUACGUUGAGGACCUACUACAACAAUCAGCAGGACCAAGAUGACAAGGAAGUGUAUUGUCAGAGCCACAUGCCAAAAACUGGCCCAGGACAUCUGGAUGGUUCGUCUGUUGGUAUUAAAGCUGCCUUAAGUGUACCAAAAACAAACCAUCUUGUCAACGACCAAAUUCGUGGUUUUGGGAAAGGUACAUUUGAUGCGGAUGCCUUGGGCAUUAAGAGUGCUUUAUCUUCACCGCGAACACAUGAGCCGGAUAUCAGAAAUCAACAUAGUAUGGCCGGACGAUUCGAUGCUAGUGCACUUCAUAUAACUCAUGCAUUAAAUGCCACCAAAGUGCAACGGGGAUAUCAAUAUGAAAGAAGAAUAGAACAAAGAAACACAGACAAAGUUAGAAAUGAGGCACCGUGCGGAAGAGGACGCCCUCUAUCGUCAAUUUGCAAAGAAAAGACAAGAGGAGGAAGUUCAUAUCACAGAACAAAUACAGGAAGAAUGGGAGAAAGAAUUGGAGAAACUGACAUCUCGCUUUAAUUAUGAAAUCAAAAUGAAGAAGAGGAGAAUCUCAACAGACGAGGAAAAAGCCCUCACAUUCAAGCACCAAAGGGAAAAAGAAGAUCUGGAGAAAAACAUGACCAUCAAACUGGACAGAAAGAAAGAAUCCCUAACUCGAAAACUUUUAGAACAAGAAAGGGCCGCCACGGCUGAUUUAGUAGAAAAACAUUCCAAAGAAAUGUUGCAUCUCAUCAAUGAAAAGAGGACGGAAUUCGUUCGAAGUCAAAAUCUUAACGAUAGAGAAGGAUACAUGAGUGAAGACCUGACCCCCUACCCGACACACCCUCCACCACCAGGUCCACCCCUCAUUUCCAAACAUGAAAUAUACAGCGAUCCCAGUGUUUUUCUGGAGCUCGACCAAAUAGCCAUCAAUGUAGCUCAAAGUGAUCAACAGACGUUUACUGAUUUAGUGAGACAGCUUAUUGGAAGUUGCAUCACAGACGUUGAAAAAGCGAGAGCAAUCUUUCGUUGGAUAACAGUGAAGAACCUAAACACCAUGACGUUCGACGACAACGUGAAUGCUGACACACCCAUGGGUAUUCUUCGUGGAAUCAAGCAUGGAACAGAGAGCUAUCACGUCUUGUUCAAGAGAUUGUGCAGUUAUGCUGGUCUCCAUUGCGUUGUCAUUAAAGGAUAUUCAAAAAGUGCUGGAUAUCAACCUGGUGUUAAAUUCGAGGAUAAUCGUUUCCGGAACUCCUGGAAUGCUGUUUAUGUGGCAGGUGCAUGGAGAUUCGUCCAAUGCAACUGGGGUGCCAGGCAUUUAGUCAAUGCAAAAGAGGUUCCAAAACCUGGCAGCAGAGGAAAAUCGGACAGUCUUCGAUACGAGUAUGAUGACCAUUACUUCCUAACGGAUCCUAAAGAAUUCAUCUAUGAAUUUUUCCCCCUCCAACAAGAAUGGCAAUUACUCAAAGUGCCUAUUACGCUGGCUGAAUUUGAAGAAUUACCAUUUGUCCGGUCUUUGUUUUUCAGAUACGGCUUAUACUUCCCAGAUGAAGAGACAAGAGCAGUUUUAAAUACAGACAGUACUGGAGCAGCAACUGUACGAAUCUCAAUGCCAUCCAGAAUGUCCUCUAGCUUAAUAUUCCACUACAACCUCAAAUUUUAUGACACCGACGUGGAUACAUACGAGGCAGUGAGCCUCAAGAGGUUUGUAAUGCAAUCUGUAGUGGGAAACAUAGUGGCAUUCAGAGUCCAUGCACCCUGUAGUGGAGCCCUCUUGCUUGACAUCUUUGCAAAUGCUGUCACUCCAAGAGAAUACCUCACUGGAGAACCAAUGAAAUUCAAAAGUGUCUGCAAGUUUAAGAUAGUGUGCGAUGAUCUUCAAACUGUUAUGGUACCACUUCCGGAUUGCGCAAGCGGUGAGUGGGGACCCAUGAAGGCUACCAGACUCUUUGGUUUGGUACCCAUUACUCAUGAAGAUGCCCUGAUAUUUGCACCGAAAGAGCUCGAAAUUCAGUUCAGGAUGUCCAGGCCUUUGACAGACUUCAUGGCUACUCUUCACAAAAAUGGCGUUGAGGAAAAACGGUUGUCCAAGAACGUUACACAGUCCGUGGAAGAUGAUUUGGUCACGUUCUAUUUGAAUUUCAAUGAUGACGGACAAUACGGUAUGGACAUUUAUACGAGAGAAAUGAAUAGUGACCUUGACAAUGGAGAUAAGCACCUUUUGACUCAUUGUUGUAAAUAUUUAAUUAAUGUUCAUUCCAAUAAACCAUCACAAUCAUUUCAUUGAGAGACUAUUGUGUUCCAAGACUUAUAGUUAUAUACGAGAAUAAAUAUUAUAAAGUGAUCAUUGCUGAAAUGUAAUUAUGUACUUGCUUAAUGCACUUACAGCUGGAAACUAAGCAUAAUUUAUGUGUUACAGAUGCUUUAAUCAUAAUCAUCUCAUUUGCUUGCAAUUAUCAAUUCGACAGUUCUGCGAGAAUGUAGAGUAACUUGCAUCACUACAGUAAUAGCUUACUGAAAGUCUGAAUUUAGUUGUGCUAGUGUUUCGAAAAUUUUUAUUUUGUUUAGUAAUGACUUGAAAAGUGACUAUUGUAAAUUCUCCUACUACUUUAUGAACUUCGAACAAUCGAAGAGAAGUUGUUAAUUAUUGCAAUAAAAUUAAAGCACGAAUGGACGAAGAUUCGAAAACAGGGAAGCAAUUUGAAAAUUGUCACUAAUAAACAAAAUUAUUAAAAAAAAAUGUUUUGUACAAUUAGGUGAUAUGCCUUAUAGUUUUUAUAUCAUUUUUUCUAACAAAAAAAAUAUUUUUUAAUAAAGCUAUAACAAAGAAUGACUGUAUAUACUCAAAUUUAAACUGAAAUAAUUGAUAUUUUUUUAUAAAAAGAUUAUAUGUUUAACAGUUUUUAUUAGUACAAGUUUAAAUGAAGUGUAAGUAGAUGUCUCAUAAAUUAUUAAACUUUACCAUGGCUUGUAUAACGUAUGGAAACACAUCCAGUUUUGCUGGUUACAGUUUAAAGAACUAGCUUAACUAUGACUAAAUUAUAUUCACCAUAGUUAGUUACAGAAAAAUUAGAGUUUAUUAUACGAGCAUAUAUAGUAACUUUAGAAAAAUUAUAACUGUGAUAAAACUCCAUAUAAUAUGUAGGUUGAAUAUAUGUAAGCAUUGCUGAUGCUAAUAUUGAAUUUUAAUUGUCCUUCCUCAAAUUUAUUAAGAUAAAAUUGUAAUCACUCGUGCAAACUACGUCAAUUUUGAUUAUUAACAUAGUUUAAAACAGUUUUAGAAGGUAUAAAAAAUCAAACAUACUUUUUUAUGAAAUAUUUAGGUCAAUUAUAAUUAGGGUCCUAAUAUACCAAAGUGAUAGGAACCAACUGAAGUAGCCUCCUAACAUUGCUAGCCUGAAAAAGCAGUGACAAAUUUACAUAUUUUUUGAAAAACAGAGUUACAAUAGGUAAAUAAGCCAUGAAAUCAUCUGAAAUCUGGCUAGGAGAAUCAAAGGUGUAAAAGUGCACUAAAUCUUUUCAUGUUAUGCUUUGCUUGAAAAUUUAAUUUAUUUUAAUAUGUCUUAACUAUACAAUGAUAUACUAUUUAAUCAUAUAAUGAUUUUCACAAUUUUUUAAAAAAAAAACCUUUAAUUAUUUUCAAAUUAUUUUAAUUAAAGUAACCAAAAUUUAUUUCAUAAUUAGCACUGGAAAAGGAGAGCUGAAAGACUGAGUUUCUCAUAAUAAAUUAAUUAUGCAAUGAAAUAAAAAAAAACAGUAAUAUUUUUCAUAAAACAAUCUCUUGAUUAUUCUCCUAUUAGAAUAAAUGCACUAACAUUUCUUGUAAUAUAUAUAAAUAUAUACACACACACACAGUUAAACCUCGAUAUCUCGAACUUGAAGGGAGAGGAGAAAAAAUUCGAGAUAUCGAAAAUUCGAAUGAUCGAAAAUCGCAUGUUAUCGAUGUUAGAAUAAAGAAAAAUGCUCUUUACAUACCUUAUUUACUAUUCCAUAUUCAUCCUAAAAACAAUUUUUACACUUAGAACAAGAUUCAAUUCAAGAGAACUUUACAAGAUUCAAUUGUUUGCUUUAGAGAUGUGUAAGAAAGUUUGUCUAUAAAACUUUCUAAGUGGACUAUAGCUUUAAAUGUCUCCUCCGAUAUAUUCGGCUGUCUCUCAAUAAAUCUCCUUACAGUGUCUACUGCAGUGCUUGUUUGAGAAUUGGUUAUGAUUAUGAGAAUUAGUUUUCUAUUCUUAAAAAUUUUUUUGGAAUAUUUUAUUAUUUUCAGAAAAAAAUCUACACUAUUUAUGGAAAAAAAUUCAAGUUAUCGAGGGAUUAGAAAAAAAAUUCGAGACAUCAAGGUUUUUUUAACAUACACGUUUGUAUAGGAAAUUUGAAGGGAAUUUUUUCUUCUUCGAGAUAUUAAAAAAUUCGUGAAAUUGAGGUUCGAGUGCAUAUAUAUAUAUAUAUAAUACUAUUUAAGCUGGCUGGAAAAAAUAUAUAUAACUUUAAAAAAGCAAAAAGUUGUUUGUCUAUAAAUUAUAAAUUAACGUAAGAUGUUUAAAAUGCAGUAACUGCAUUUUGUGAUCUGAGAUGUUUAAAGUGCAUUAAUGCAUUGUGUUCUUCUAAAUUUUAAGCUAGUAGCUUUUUGUUCUUGUAACAAACAUAAAUAGUAUCACUUGUGUUAUUCUACAAGUACAAUAGAUACAGCAAGGAAAAUUUUGUCUAACACUUGAAUGUCUUGAAAAAUUUUACAGAACUCCUAGAGUGUGGUGGUUUUAAGAUUAUGCUAUUACACAGGAUUAACUUUUUCUCACAAAUUCUUUUUCACCUCCAUCACUAAUUUAAAACUUAAUGUAUAGAAAAAGUGAGUUCAGGCAAACCUAAAGUAAGUCAUGAAAUUUGAAUUUCUGAAAAAUGUUAAAUUAUCAAAAUGCAAACAAAUAAUUAAAAGAGAACUUCACCACAGAGUAAUCGUAAGUUAUCCUCUCAAAAUUUGUUGACAUUUCAAUGUUUCGAAAAAUUCUUUUCAGUAUUUAAAACCCUUUAAUACCAUACUUAUUUAGAAUUUACCUUGAUAAAUGUUUAAAAUUUUAAAGUUACAAAAAAAAUUUUAGUUUGCACUGAAAAAUAAAAGUACAUUUAUGCAAAUUUUAUUCGCGCCUUUUUUUCUCUUUUUUUUUGAAGCAUUGGAAGAAAAGACAAAAAAAAAAAGUUAUUUAAGUUGACUGUACAGUUAUUAGAUUAUUUUUCAAAUCUAUAAUUUAAAUGCCUUUUUAUGCUGGUAGUAAAUGACUUUUCAUUCAAAAAUAUGUAAAUUAAUGAUAAAAAUUCUAAUAUAAAAUAACUAGAAUUUAUGUAAUUCAUGAAGGAAUUUUUAAAUACUAAAUUUAAAAAAAAAUAACCAUAACAUUUCCUAUUAAGUUUAAUUCAAUUGUAACCUCAUGCUCAAUGAAAGAAAUAAUACGGAAAUUAUUAUAUUGAAUGUUAUUUUUCAUGUAUUUCAGAAAUGGGGGAAGAAAUAAAUCUUUUUUUUUUUGUGUAUUAAAAGUACCAUUCCAUAUUUAUGUGAUAAAAAUUGUGCUUAAAGUGCAAUUCUUAUGCUGCUUUUUAUUAUACAUGUUGUUGCAAAAAAAUAUCUAUAUGUUCAAAAUUGUGGUGAGGGGACCACUUUAUUGUAUACCUUCUCACUUGUAUAAACAUUUUAAUAAACAUUUAAAUUUUAUGAAA